GGGGCGGAGCGAGGAGUGGACGUCGUUUCCCGGUCGGACAGCUUCGGAGCGGCUCGGACUCGUUUCCGCACCUCGGUGAUCGUUCGCGUAAAAGAGCAGCCGCCAUGUCCAACAACAACGCCAGCAGCAGCCUCGCGAGCGCGAAGAGGGCCGUGAAGCAGCUACGGCUGGAGGCCAGCGUCCGCAGGAUCAAGGUGUCCCAGGCCGCCGCGGAUCUCAGACAGUACUGCCUCCAAAACGCCUCCAAGGACCCGCUGCUGAUGGGGGUCCCGUCCAGCGACAAUCCUUUCAGACCCCCCAAGUCCUGCUCUCUGUUUUGAGGAGCAGCAGGAGUUUGUCUGGCCUACGGUCUCCCAGCAGUUCCUCCUUCUCCAUUGGUGCACACGGCGCCUGGGGGGUGGGAAGCACCACUUGUUUGCCAAAUGAACGCCGUCGUGGCUCCCGUCUGCCCCACUGAAGACUCAGAUGUUCCCAACUCUAACUGGACUAAUGAUUAAUCAGGCUUUUGCGGCACAGAACAAGGUUUUAGGACCGAGCUGUUCCGCUUUUCCAGUCUGAAGUUGUCAUCACGGAGACGUCACUCCCUCUGGGGGGGGGGCUGAAAACGACAAAAACAAUCAAAGCUGGUUAUGUGUCAGCAAACAUGUGAAACAUUAAAAUGGAACAGCUGCUUCAGGAGGCACACUGUUAAAUUAUUACCCAUCCUGCACCCCUGCCUGUUUCCAUUCCCUGUUCCUGCUCACAGACACACACACGCACGCACACACAGCCUUUUACUGUAACACUGAUGUCUGAUCCUGAAGGCUUGUCGUUUUUCAUGAAACCGUUUCACUGGUAUCAAAUAAACCAAAUUUUCAUGCUA